AUGUCUCUGCUAAUUAGCUUCUUUGAAAUCUUUCUUGCGCUUUGUGGGUUCAUCAUUCUUUGGAGGAGCCUAAGAGGCAAGAAGAGCAAGAAGAGGAGGCUCAAAAACUGGCCUCUCGUCGGAAUGUUACCGGAGAUUUUCCUCAACAUCAACCACGUUCACGACGGAUUUACAGAACUUCAAGCUCGAUGUGGAGGUACUUUUCUCUUCAAAGUCCCUUGGUUUGAAAUGUUAACCACCACAGACCCUGCCAAUAUCCAGCACAUCAUGACCACGAACUUCUCAAACUACCCGAAAGGGCCAGAGUUCAAGAAAAUCUUCGACGUGGUUGGGAACGGAUUUUCCAACGCUGAUGACGAUUUGUGGAGGAAUCACAGGAGAAUUGCUCAACAAUUACUCACUCACAACAAGUUCUACAAGUUCUUGUUGAGUACAACCUAUGAUAAGGUGCAAAACGGCCUAAUUCCGCUGCUUGAUCAUGUCUCAGAACAGGGUUUAGUAGUGGACUUGCAGGAUGUGUUUAUAAGAUUAACAUUUGAUGCUACUUGUAUUUUGGUCACCGGACAUGACCCCGAAAGCCUCUCCGUUGGAUUCCCGGAAGCUCCAUUUCCGCGGGCGUUAAUCGAUGCUGAGGAAGCAAUCUUUUACAGACAUGUCAUGCCUGAGAAGACAUGGAAGCUAAUGAGGUUUCUUGGGAUUGGAAAAGAAAAGCAGCUAGCAAAAGCUUGGGAAAUUCUAGACAAUCUGAUAUGUAAGUGCAUAUCAAUGAAGAGACAAGAACAUAAUGGAGAGAAGAAUAUUGAUCUAUUGAGUUCAUAUAUGGAUCAAGAAAACACUCAAGGUUGGGAAAUUGAUGACAAGCUAUUGAGAGACACAGUUCUGAAUCUUAUGAUUGCAGGACAGGACACUACUGCUUCUGCUCUCACUUGGUUGUUCUGGCUUCUCUCCAAAAACCCAUCAGUGGAAGCAAAGAUCAGAGAGGAAUUACAGACAACAGAACCAGAAUCCGACAUCGAAAAGCUGAACAAGUUAGUUUAUCUACAUGCAGCAUUGUGUGAAUCACUAAGGCUGUACCCACCAGUUCCUUUCCAACUAAAAACACCAAUAAAGACAGACAUUCUUCCAAGUGGUGAUAAGGUGGAACCAAACACUAAGAUCGUAUUGUUAACGUACUCGAUGGGACGAAUGAAGAGGGUUUGGGGCAAAGAUUGCUUGGAAUACAAGCCUGAGAGAUGGAUUUCAGAGAAUGGAAGGAUCAAGUACGAGCCUUCAUACAAGUUCUUCGCAUUCAAUGCCGGACCGAGGACUUGUCUUGGGAAGCAAGUGGCUUUUACACAGUUGAAGACCACUGCAGCUGCUAUAAUCAGAAACUUUGAUGUUCAGGUGAUUGAAGGACACAGUGUUGCUCCUAGUGCUUCCAUUAUUCUUCACAUGAAGCAUGGUUUAAUGGUUAGAGUCACCAAGAGAGGGUACUGCUAGUUCUUCCUGCCAUAUUUUCUCACCAUUAUUACUGUGUCUGUUAUAUAUGCCCGGGAGUUGUUGCUGCUGUUAUUGCAGCUGUAUCUAUUGAUGUUAUAAUUAUGAAAACUAUAUAUGUCAUCAUAAUAAA